UGGCUGGAUUAGGUUGACUUGAAUGCUCCAUUUAAAACUACUUAGAAACAAAAUAGAUACAAUCUUGCAAAAAAACUUUAUAUCAACCAGUAGUAUUCCUAAUACUAUAUUGUUUCUUGAAACAUUGAUAAAUACAUUGAUUUAAUUUAUUACAAGUCUUCUGUAGCUGCAAUAGCAUUGGACUUUCACGCGACUGACACUUGAAGUAUUUAUUUACAUCUAUUGAGAGAAAGGAUUGUGGCGUUUGUAUUUGCAUUUUAGGAUAACCUGUUGUACCUAGAGGGUCUUGAAAAAAUGAUAUUUACGAAUUGGCACAGUCGUAAAAGAGAUUAGAUGAAGUCCAAUAGUAUUAUUAAUCGAGUAUUGAAAAAAUACAGUGUUUUGUGCCAGUAGAUUUAUUCUUUUUUUCUGCUCCUCCUGUAGCUUAAACUCCUUAUUCCACAGAGUAUGACGAUCGGAGGAUGGCUCCUACAAGACGUGGUCAGACUGUUAAGCACAGUGCCCGGCAGGAGGAUGCUCUCUGCACUGUCGGUGUCAGUGAGUGGGGCUGCAGGUCAACACAGGACAAACGUGCGUUACUUCUCUACCACACGCUCCCAGUGCGCCAAGGCCAGGUGUGUUAAGAAGAAAACAGAUAUUUCAGAAAAGAAGUUGACACGCUACUUUGUUGAUCACCGGAGAGUGAGUUUGGCUGCAGGGUCAGGAGGCAAAGGAGCAUGCACCUUCCACAGCGAACCCAGGAAAGAGUUUGGAGGGCCUGAUGGAGGAAAUGGAGGCAAUGGGGGAGACAUUAUCAUUAAAGUUGAUCAGCAAGUGAAAUCUCUAUCAAUGGUUGCUCAAGUGUACCGUGGGCAGGAUGGAGAAUCAGGAGGAAAGAAAAACUGCUAUGGUCGGAAUGCCAAGACCACCUACAUCACAGUGCCUGUAGGUACUAUAGUUAAGGAGAAUGGGAAGAUAGUGGCUGAUCUGUCCAGGCAAGGCCAGGAGUACAUCGCAGCAUUCGGUGGAGCAGGGGGCAAGGGAAACCGUUUUUUUCUGUCCAACGAGAACCGGGCUCCAACGACAGCCACUCCAGGUGAGCCCGGGCAGGAGAAAGUACUGCAUCUGGAGCUCCGUACGAUGGCACACGCAGGCAUGGUUGGCUUUCCAAAUGCUGGGAAGUCUUCCCUUUUGCGAGCAAUUUCCAACGCUAAGCCGGCAGUGGCUGCUUAUCCUUUCACUACAUUAAAUCCCCAUGUUGGUAUCGUCCAGUACCAGGACCAUGAACAGGUUGCAGUUGCUGACAUCCCAGGAAUUAUCCGAGGCGCUCACAGGAAUCGCGGCCUGGGGAUCUCUUUCCUGCGCCACAUCGAGCGCUGCCGAUUCCUGAUCUACGUCCUCGACCUGUCGGCGCGGGAGCCCUGGACUCAGCUGCAGGAGCUCCGCUUCGAGCUGGAGCAGUACGAGCCGGGACUGGCCGGGCGCCCGCAGGCCAUCGUGGCCAACAAGGUGGACAUCCCGGAGGCUCGUGCCAACCUGGCAGCCCUCAGGAGCCGCGUGACACAGAGGGUCAUCCCUGUUUCCGCCCUCACUGGGCACAAUAUAGAGGAGCUCAUCCUGCACCUCCGAGAGCUGUACGAUGGGUAUCUGCUGACUGAGGAGAGGGCAGGAGGGAGCCCUAUGACGUGGUAGAACACGCAGAGGAAAACCCUCGUUGUCUAAGUGAACAAUAUGCCUGUGAUCAGCCCAAAGGCCAACACCAUCUUCCAAAAAAGUGCAAAGACUUCUCCGCUCUCUACCCAGUCCGGCAUCAUUAUUCUCUGUGGUUUUGGUUAUUUAAUGGAUAUUUUGAAGGAGUACAUUGCGAGACUAAGUGAACUCCCUUAAACAUUUUCUUUUGAAACAACUCAAAUUUAAGUGAAAUUGCAUUGGACGUAAACAGGUUUUUAUGCUCAUACAAUUCUUGUAUUUUCUAAAUAGUGCUUUAAGAUGCAAGUGUGAAUUAGAAUGUGAAUUGUACAUUAUAAUUUGUUCAAAUAAAUUAUUUUGAUUA